AUGACAAUAAAUAGUUUAUUGAUAACUAAUCUUAAUGGAAAUAUAGUGUUCUCUAAAUACUACAACUCUUUCAACGAAGAGAAACAAAAUGAAUUUGAAAAGAUCCUCUAUCAACUCACCAAAGAUGAAUGGAUACACUCAAAGAAUGAAAAGCAUUUAAUAACAGAGUUUGCAGGAAAUAUAAUAGUCUUUACAAAUGUAGGAGAACUAUUAUUGUUCUUGUGUGGAUCUUCAGAUGAAUAUGAUGAACUUGCAUUAUCAGAUAUAAUGAAUCCAAUUGUAGAAUGCUUAAAAGAUGUUUGUAAAAAGAAAGGUGUAUCAGAGUUAUUCUUUAUUGAACAGAUACCCAAAUUUGUAUUAUAUAUAGACGAAAUCAUUCAAAGAGGCUAUUUGGAUCAAGUACAAUUUGAAAUUGUAUCAGCAGCAGAUGAAGUCAAAGUAGUAUCAAGUAGCAUUACGCGUAAGAGCACAAAUGUGAUGAGUGCAGAGAUGGAUUUUGCAUUGAUGGACAUUACGUUUGACAAACCACUCUACACCUACAUGAAUGUGAUCUGUCCCAAUUUCACAUGUCCUGCGGCACCUAUCAUACCACCUCAAAUCGAUUGUACCUGUGACUAUACCAAUCCACAAGCGUGUCCACAAACUGGAAGUGGGUGUCCAAGUUGUCCAACAGAGUACACCGAGACAGAUUAUCUCGGAAAUAACGUCACCAUCCCAUAUUGCGACUAUGAGAAUGACCCAUGGACUACCAUUCAAACAAACACCAACUAUUUCUAUGCAGAGACUUCAGACACUAUCAAAUUACGUCUCAAAGCAGACAACUCCAUCUGUCAAGGUCUACGUCUAUACGGUACUCAAAAUACUGGUAGUUUCUAUAUCUACGUAUCAACCAAUCCAUCCGAAGGUUUAGGUCGUAGAACAUCUGGUGAUCUUUCAUUAAUUCCACUUCAAAUUGGUAUUUGUCCAAGUGAUAAUACGGAUUGGGCACCAAUGCAAAGUUGGACAAAUAAUACCUAUUUCAUUUCACUUACACCAAUUAAAACAUCUGCAUCAUUUGGAUUUAUUGUAUAUUCGAGUGAUAUUUCAGCACCAGUGCCACCUGCACAGCCAUGUACAGCGAUUCUCCCCACCCAUCAAUGUAUCAACGAUGGUGACUUGCUCGAGGGUGAAGGUCAGUCUGAAAUACCAACCUUUUAUACUUUUGUCGUUGAUCGUCCCAUGGUCCUAUCAUUUGGUUGUCCAUUACUCUUUGAAGACAUUGAUUUCUUUAUUAGUGAUUCCCCUAAUAUGACCAAUCCAGAUGCAUCUAAUUUUAAAUGGAGUGCAAUGCGUCCAUAUGAUGAUUAUUUAACAUUGACACUUAAACCAUGGAAUGAAACAACACCUAAAAUAUUGUAUAUUAGUAUUAUUCCAUACUAUCCAUCAAAGUUCCAAUGUACAGUUACGACACAUACCAACAAUACAAAGCGAGCGAUUACCGACAACUAUGAUUUAGGCGGUACCUACCUUUCAAUGGGAACAUCGAGAUUGAUCUUCCCCGAUGGCACUCACUUGCUACCCGAUAUUUGGCAGAAUACUGACCGUUUCUAUUCGCUCUUUCCCCGUGUCAACAAUAACCCGCUCUGGCCAAUCCCCAACAUCUUGUUUGACGCGUCGGAGCGUUUCAAUUUUUUCUCGGAUAUUUCCUUUGCCGACCCAACCAACCCACCCCUUCCCAAUACAUACCAGGCUGCUUUCAUCCUCUCAAUCGACCGAAAGUCGACGACAGUCUUUUCCGACUACUCCAACAUCACCCGAUCCAAGCUCGAAUUUCUCGAUAUUUUGGUGGAUGCUGAUGGCAACCCUGUGGUUGGUGCCAUUGGAUUCACGCCCGUCGUGUUGCCAUGCAACUACACCGAGUUCCAGUCUACUCUGGCCAUGAUCAAUUCACUCGAGGAUCAGUUGUUUGCAACAUCAGAGUUUCAAAAUGUAUCGUCGCUCCGAUUCAAUAUUGAUGUGUUGACAAUGCGUGAUUCAUGGGCUGGAUGCACUGCACAGGCAAAGAGCCUGCUGCAAACACAAACCGUCGAGAAACGUCUCAACACGACCCGUUGUCCGUACUCGUCGAGCGACCCGCGUUAUGCACUCGAGCCAUGCUGCAACAGCACCACCACCUUUUUCGAGUGCUGUGUGCCCCGUGAGCUCUUGGUCGAGACAACCGUCAACAUCGGUGUCUACAACGACCUAGUGUCCAGCACUUGCUCUUCCUACGACUGCACGGUCAGUCUCUUGAAUGACUACUAUGCAUCCGUGUCACAGGUCGAAGACGGUAGUUGCGCGCUCACAUUUGACAGCUUUUUUGAUUUCCAGCUCGAUAUUUACACAACGCUGCGUCGUUGCAAGAUGCCAGUCCCAACGAGACGGCCUUUUUGGACGAGGUCUACAACUACUUCCUCAUCGACGAUUGCACGCAUCGCACAGGCUUGGCCUUUAGAACAUACUACCGGUACUCCAACUUUGACCCGCGUACCAGCAAGUGCUAUCCAUCACCCGUUUGCUUGGACGCCACUUGUUUGA